CGUCUCUUCUCCACUCAAAGUGAAUCACUCGAAAUUUCGAUUUCAUAACCUCCUUUCAGAUUUGGGCGAAACCCCAAUCGCAUUGAAUGUUUGAUCAGCUGAAUCUCCGCUAGAUCCCCUCUCUUGCACGUUUCCACCCUCUUCAAAAACCGAGAACCAAACCCGUCCCUGAUUAAAUCACUUCAGGGUUAGGGUUAGGGUCAGGGUUAGGGUUAUCUCUAAUGGCGAUCUCCGAUAGUGUGGUGAAGAAAGUGAUCCUGUCAUACACGUACGUGGCGAUAUGGAUCUGCCUGAGCUUCACGGUGAUCGUGUACAACAAGUACAUACUAGAUCGGAAGAUGUACAACUGGCCGUACCCGAUCUCGUUGACCAUGAUCCACAUGGCGUUCUGCUCCUCCCUCGCAUACAUGCUCGUUCGCGUGUUGAAGCUGGUGGAGCCUGUUUCAAUGUCCCGCGAGAUGUACCUUAAAUCGGUGGUCCCCAUCGGUGCACUCUACUCCCUCUCCCUUUGGUUUUCCAAUUCCGCAUAUAUCUAUCUCUCUGUUUCUUUCAUUCAGAUGCUGAAAGCCCUUAUGCCUGUCGCUGUCUAUUCAAUUGGGGUCUUGUUCAAGAAGGAAGGUUUUAAGAACGAAACCAUGGCAAACAUGGUUUCGAUCUCUGUUGGUGUUGCGAUUGCUGCUUAUGGUGAAGCCAAAUUCGAUGGUUGGGGUGUUACUCUUCAGCUUAUGGCUGUUGCUUUCGAGGCCACUCGCUUGGUUUUGAUCCAGAUUUUGCUUAAUUCCAAGGGGAUUUCGCUUAACCCUAUUACCUCUCUUUACUACAUUGCUCCCUGUUGUUUGGUGUUCUUGUCUAUCCCCUGGCUUAUUGUGGAGUACCCUUCGUUGAGGGAUAAUUCUAGCUUCCAUUUGGAUUUUGUGAUUUUCGGGACCAAUUCCACUUGUGCUUUUGCUUUGAAUCUCGCUGUGUUCUUGCUGGUUGGAAAGACUUCGGCUUUGACAAUGAAUGUUGCUGGGGUUGUCAAGGAUUGGCUACUGAUUGCAUUCUCUUGGUCUGUGAUAAAGGACACGGUCACUCCCAUUAACUUGAUUGGUUAUGGAUUGGCGUUUUUGGGGGUUGCGUAUUAUAAUCAUUCCAAGUUGCAGGCUCUCAAGGCUUCUGAGGCUCAGAAGAAGGCUCAGCAGGCUGAUGAAGAGGCUGGAAGAUUGUUGGAACAGAGAGAAGGGGAAGGCACUGGGAGGAAGAGCGAGAACCAGAACUGAAUCACUGAUUGAACUGGUGAUAUCUUUUCUUGGAUACAAAGAGGACAUGUUUGUUACUGUUCGAUUCAUGUUGGAUGAGGCAGGUUUUGUUUUUGGGUAUGUGGUGUACCGCUGUACUUCUAUUAGGUGAUUAUUAGUAUUAUUAUUAUUAUUGUUACUUCUCCCUGUUUAAUUUCCUUACCCUUUUGGGGCUGCGAUUGACAUUUGUCCCUUAUAUUACUGAUUCAGUGGUUUGUGUUUACCACUGGAGAAUGAAUUAAGCAUUGUGGAUGUUCCAAAAGUUUAUCAUUGAAUAGCAAAG